AUGGAGGAUUCUGAAAAGGCCGUGGAGCACCAAGCUUCCCGUCCAAACUUCCAUGGACUGGGACAAGAUGACAAAGCUGAGCCCGUCAGCUUAGCAACUCCUCCCCGUAUGCGACGUCUUCACGACCCAGAGGUGUCGUUCCAAGAAUACCAUCACUAUGCACGAACCACUCGUGCGGAACAAGAUGCGCUGCCCAAACCAACGGGCAAAAAGUCCCUUUUGCAUUAUCUGGUCCCCAAUCUGCAAAAGGUAGAGACGGGGCCUGCAGAUGUUGCCACUCGCCCUGAUCUGAACACCUCCGACAUUGAGCAGCGCAACAUGAUUUCUGACCAAGAGUGGACGAACGCCUCUAGGGCCUUGAGGACCGCUGGGACCGGCGCUGUUUUCUACCUCAUCACUACAGACAUCUUGGGUCCCUUUGGCUUGCCCUAUGCUUUUGCAACGACUGGUUGGGGACCGGGUACCGCUCUAUACACCGUAUUUGGAUUCAUGGCGGGUCUCUCUGGAUAUCUGCUGUGGGAUUGCUUCAUGGGUAGGUUGAUUCUCGACUACAAGAUGGUUAUAUCACGUCUAUCGCUUCCGAGACGCUCAACUAAUGCCCUUGCAGGUCUUGACUCAUUUCAGUUUCCAAUCAAGUCAUUCGGAGACAUGGGAUUCCGCGUCUAUGGAACAUGGUGCCGCUAUUUGUUCAACAUCCUGCAGGCCAUCCAGCUCAUUUGCAACGUCGGCGCCAUCAUCAUAUCCAACGGGGAAGCGCUAUCGGAAGCUGUAAAGUUCAAGCUCUGCUAUGCCAUUUGUUGCCUGGUAUGGGCCCUUGCUGGCUUCGUCCUGGGCCAGAUUCGGACCCUGCAAAAGUUCACCUGGCUUGCCAACGUUGCCGUCUUCAUCAACCUGCUCAUCAUGUUCAUCACCAUGGGCGCCGCCGCCCACACGCCUCCUCUCUACUCUGCAUCCGCCUCGUCGGCGGGCUAUUCCAUUGAUCCAGCGCUCGUCACCCCCGUUGAUGGAACGUACCCCCCCGUCCAGCACAGCGCGGCUCUGCCGGUUUCUGGCAACUUUGCGGCCUCGCUCAACGGCGCCAUGCAAGCCGUCUACUCGUACGGCGGAUCCAUGAUCUUUCCCGAAUUCAUGGCCGAAGUCGGACGCCCGAGAGACUUUCUCAAGGGAAUGUGGUCUGCCCAGCUCUUCAUUUAUAUCUGCUACAUGCUCUAUGGGCUCUUCAUGUACGGCUUCCAGGGCCAGUACGUGCAAACGCCGGCAUACCUGGGAAUAUCUGCAUACGGAUUGCAAACGGCAGGCAACUCGUUGGCAAUUGUAUCCGCUCUGAUCGCGGCUACGCUCUACGGCAACAUUGGCAUCAAAGUGCUCUAUAACAACAUUCUCGUCGAAUUCUUCAAGGCCCCGCCGCUGGAAAGCAAGCACGGUCGAUAUAUCUGGUUUGCUCUCGUCCCAAUCUACUGGUCUAUCGCCUAUGUGAUCGGAGCAGCGGUUCCCGAUUUUGCUGGCUUCACCGGCAUCGUGGCCGCCGCCUGUAUCUUGCAGUUUACGUACUCGUUCCCGCCGCUUUUGCAUAUGGGGUAUCAAAUCCAAAAGUCGGCCAUGGAGGGAGAAACCGGGUUUGACCCGAGCACCGGCGUGCUUGCGGUGCGUGACCGCGGAAUCAAGCGCUGGAUGCGUGGCUUCUCCGGGGCUCGCUGGUACCUCAACAUCUUCAACCUGCUGUACUUCCUCGGUGCUAUGGCCUUGUGUGCCCUCGGUAUAUAUGCUUCGGUUGUGAACUUGAUCCAGAUCUACGCCGUUCCUCAGCUGAAUGCUUUUGGCUGCAAGUCUCCUCUGGACGUUUCGGCAUAA